AUGGCUUCGCCUGUCCUGCCUCUACCCACAGUCAAAGCAGCCUCACAAUCCCGAGGCAUCCAAAAGUCGCCCAAGCCAUCAAGAAGAGACAAAGUUCGACAAGGCAAACUGAUUCGAUGUUGGACCGAUGAGGAGGAAUCCUUUCUAUUUCAGAGUCGCACCCAAGGCCAGAAACUAUCCUACAAGAAUAUUGCGCACCGCUUGGACAAGUCAGAGUUGGCUUGCCGACUCCAUUAUCACCAUAUGACGGUUGGGCGCAAAGGGCAUGGCCAGCGGACAGAGGAUUUCGACGACGACAACAUCUCCGAAAAUAGUGAUGCUUCCUCCCUGUCCAGAGUCCCUUCCGCCAGCGAGACUCCUGUCGAUAAAGGCCUCGAUGAUGCCAAAGGACAAAAAGAUCCAUCCAAUGGUGACUCGCUCAGCCAACACAAGCUGCCAAACUUUCAGACCUUCCUGCAACACACAUUCCACCAUCAACGAAGCACGUCGAUGCCCGGGCCGUUGGGGGAGAGCGAAAUCAGGAGCGUAUCAAGAGAGCUACAUCUUCAUAAUGGCACUAGGCCAAUACGCACAAUGUCUGGAACAUGGAUCAAAGAGCAUAGACGCCCAGAGACCCGCCCUCCGACUGGGACGCAUUACUAUACUGGAGCCUCCCAUACGUCCCAAUCUACAGCCAUUCCAACUUCCACACCACUGACACAUCUUACGAAGACUGGAGCGAACGGUCGACCUUACCCUUCCCCAUUUGGAGGCAGGUAUUGA